CAGCCACAGCGCCGGCUCCGUCGUAGUCGCGGCCGCCCGGGUCUCGCUCGCCCCUCCUCCCGCUCCCCCGCCCGCCGCCGCCCGCGCGCAUGCGCCGCCGGAGCGCGAGGGUCGGCUUCGGGUGUUUGGUGGCGGCAGAGCGGAGCUGCGAGGCCCGAGAGUCAGAACCUGGGGGAGAGGGAUGGUCUCUGCACCGGGGGGAGCCGGAGGAGCCGCCGCCGCUGCCGACGCCACCGCCGCAGCCGCCGCCGCCGCCGCCCCGGCGCCCGCCUCCCUGCGCUGACGGCCGCGUACGAAGCCGGCGAGGGGGAGUCAGCCACCGCGGUCGCCGGCACACCGCCCAGCAUGGUCCGGGAAACCAGGCACCUCUGGGUGGGAAACUUACCGGAGAACGUGCGGGAAGAGAAGAUCAUCGAGCAUUUCAAACGAUAUGGCCGCGUGGAAAGUGUCAAGAUUCUCCCCAAGCGGGGGUCUGAAGGAGGAGUGGCUGCCUUUGUGGAUUUUGUGGACAUCAAAAGUGCACAGAAAGCUCACAACUCCGUCAACAAAAUGGGAGACCGAGACCUCCGCACGGAUUAUAAUGAGCCAGGAACUAUUCCGAGUGCUGCCCGGGGACUGGACGAGACAGUUUCCAUAGCGUCUCGUAGUAGAGAGGUUUCUGGGUUCAGAGGAAGUGGUGGAGGGCCUGCUUAUGGUCCCCCACCAUCACUUCAUGCACGAGAAGGACGCUAUGAGCGGAGACUCGAUGGGGCUUCAGAUAACAGGGAGCGUGCUUAUGAACAUAGUGCCUAUGGACACCAUGAACGGGGGACAGGAGCAUUUGAUCGGACAAGACAUUACGAUCAGGAUUACUAUAGAGACCCUCGAGAGCGGACUUUACAACACGGGCUCUAUUACACUUCUCGGAGUCGAAGUCCAAACCGCUUUGAUGCUCAUGACCCCCGAUACGAACCUAGGGCUCGGGAGCAGUUUACACUGCCCAGUGUGGUACACAGGGAUAUCUACAGGGACGACAUUACCCGGGAGGUACGAGGCAGAAGGCCAGAGCGCAGUUACCAGCACAGCAGGAGUCGCUCACCACAUUCGUCCCAGUCUAGAAACCAGUCCCCGCAGAGGCUGGCUAGCCAAGCGUCCAGACCCACCAGGUCCCCCAGCGGCAGCGGCUCCAGGAGUCGAUCCUCCAGUAGUGACUCCAUCAGCAGCAGCAGCAGCAGCAGCACUGACAGUAGUGACUCCAGCAGCACGGCCAGUGACGACUCUCCGGCCCGCUCUGUUCAGUCGGCUGCAGUCCCCGCACCCACUUCCCAGUUGCUUUCGUCCCUUGAAAAAGAUGAGCCCCGGAAAAGUUUUGGGAUCAAAGUUCAGAAUCUUCCAGUACGCUCUACAGACACAAGCCUUAAAGACGGCCUUUUCCAUGAGUUUAAGAAGUUUGGCAAGGUGACGUCGGUGCAGAUCCACGGGGCCUCCGAGGAGAGGUACGGCCUGGUGUUCUUCCGGCAGCAAGAGGACCAAGAAAAAGCGCUGACCGCAUCCAAGGGGAAGCUCUUCUUCGGCAUGCAGAUCGAGGUGACUGCAUGGGUAGGACCAGAAACAGAGAGUGAAAAUGAGUUUCGGCCCUUGGACGAGAGGAUAGAUGAAUUCCACCCCAAAGCGACGAGAACUCUUUUUAUUGGGAACCUUGAAAAAACAACUACUUACCACGACCUUCGAAACAUUUUUCAGCGCUUUGGAGAAAUUGUGGACAUUGACAUUAAGAAGGUGAACGGGGUGCCUCAGUACGCGUUCCUGCAGUACUGUGAUAUCGCCAGUGUGUGUAAGGCCAUCAAGAAGAUGGACGGAGAGUACCUUGGAAACAACCGCCUCAAGCUGGGUUUUGGGAAGAGCAUGCCUACCAACUGUGUGUGGUUAGAUGGGCUUUCUUCAAAUGUGUCCGAUCAGUAUUUAACUCGGCAUUUCUGCCGAUACGGACCUGUGGUAAAGGUGGUGUUUGACCGCUUAAAAGGCAUGGCUCUGGUUCUCUACAGCGAGAUCGAGGAUGCACAGGCGGCUGUCAAGGAGACCAAGGGCAGGAAAAUUGGUGGGAAUAAGAUUAAGGUGGACUUUGCAAAUCGGGAAAGCCAACUGGCAUUUUAUCACUGCAUGGAGAAAUCUGGUCAGGAUAUGAGAGACUUCUAUGAAAUGCUAACAGAGAGAAGGGCAGGGCAGAUGGUUCAGUCCAAGCAUGAAGACUGGAGUGCAGAUGCCCAGAGCCCACAUAAAUGCCGAGAGGAACGAAGAGGGUCCUAUGAGUACAGUCAAGAACGGACAUACUAUGAAAAUGUUCGCACUCCAGGCACCUACCCUGAGGACUCCAGGAGGGACUAUCCGGCUCGGGGGAGAGAGUUUUACUCGGAGUGGGAGACGUACCAAGGAGAGUAUUAUGAUUCCCGGUACUAUGAUGAGCCUCGAGAAUACAGAGAAUAUAGGAGUGAUCCCUAUGAACAGGAUAUUCGGGAGUACAGCUAUAGGCAGAGAGAACGAGAGCGAGAACGGGAGAGAUUCGAAUCUGACCGGGACCACGAGAGGAGACCCAUAGAGCGAAGUCAGAGUCCCGUGCACUUGCGGCGUCCACAGAGCCCUGGGGUGUCUCCUGCGCAUUCGGAGAGAUUGCCAAGUGACUCUGAGAGGAGGCUGUACCGCCGGUCCUCGGAGCGCAGCGGAAGCUGCAGCUCAGUGUCCCCCCCACGGUACGAUAAGCUGGAGAAGGCUCGGCUGGAGCGCUACACAAAAAACGAAAAGACGGACAAAGAGCGCACUUUCGAUCCCGAGCGGGUCGAGAGGGAGAGACGAAUAGUUCGCAAGGAGAAGGGAGAAAAGGACAAAGCUGAGAGGCAGAAGCGGAAAGGAAAGGCUCACUCCCCUAGUUCUCAGCCUUCGGAAACCGAGCAGGAAAAUGACCGAGAGCAGAGCCCCGAGAAACCACGGGGCUCCACCAAACUCAGCAGAGACAGGGCCGACAAGGAAGGGCCAGCCAAGAACCGCCUGGAGCUCGUGCCUUGCGUGGUUCUGACCCGAGUAAAAGAGAAGGAGGGCAAGGUCAUCGAGCACCCACCCCCAGAGAAGCUCAAAGCCAGGCUCGGCCGUGACACUGCCAAGGCAUCGGCCCUGGACCAGAAACCCCAGGCCUCUCAGGGGGAGCCUGCCAAGUCCGACCCGGCCCGAGGGAAAGCGCUGAGGGAGAAGGUCCUCCCGAGCCACGCGGAGGUGGGGGAGAAGGAGGGCAGGACUAAGCUCCGGAAACACCUUAAGGCCGAGCAGACGCCCGAGCUCAGCGCGCUGGACCUGGAGAAGCUGGAAGCCAGGAAAAGGCGCUUUGCAGAUUCUGGCUUGAAAAUAGAAAAGCAAAAACCAGAAAUCAAGAAAACCAGCCCCGAGACAGAGGAUACUCGAAUACUUUUAAAGAAGCAGCCUGACACAUCAAGAGAUGGUAUUUUGCUGAGGGAAGGAGAGUCUGAAAGAAAGCCUGUGAGAAAAGAAAUCCUUAAAAGGGAAUCAAAAAAAACUAAGCUGGAAAGACUUAAUUCAGCUCUCAGCCCCAAAGACUGCCAGGAGCCUGCUGCUGUCUCUGCAGGGUCUGGCUCUCGGCCCAGCUCAGACGUACACGCAGGACUGGGAGAACUAACACACGGAUCUGUGGAGACUCAAGAAACCCAGCCCAAAAAAGCCAUCUCCUCAAAACCUCAGCCCAAACAGCUGCAGCUCCUAGAGAAUCAAGGGCCUGAGAAAGAGGAAGUGAGGAAAAACUAUUGCCGGCCUCGUGAGGAACCAGCAGAACACAGAGCAGGCCAGGAGAAGCCCCACGGAGGGAAUGCCGAAGAGAAACUUGGCAUUGACAUUGAUCACACGCAGAGCUACCGGAAACAGAUGGAGCAGAGUCGCCGGAAGCAGCGGAUGGAGAUGGAGAUCGCCAAGGCUGAGAAGUUUGGCAGUCCGAAGAAAGAUGUAGAUGACUACGAAAGGCGCAGCCUUGUCCACGAGGUGGGCAAGCCCCCUCAGGAUGUCACUGAUGACUCCCCGCCCAGCAAGAAGCGAAGGACGGAUCACGUGGAUUUCGAUAUCUGUACCAAAAGAGAGAGAAACUACCGAAGUUCACGCCAGAUCAGCGAGGACUCGGAAAGAACCAGCUGCUCUCCGAGUGUCCGCCAUGGCUCCUUCCACGACGAUGAUGAUCCCAUGGGCUCCCCUAGGCUAAUGUCAGUAAAAGGGUCCCCUAAAGGGGACGACAAAGGCCUCCCCUAUCCUAACGCAGCAGUGAGAGACGAUCCACUAAAAUGCAAUCCUUAUGAUUCUGGCAAGAGAGAACAGGCAGCAGACACGGCCAAAAUCAAACUGUCUGUCUUGAAUUCUGAGGGGGAGCCAAACCGGUGGGACCCUCCGAUGAAACAGGACCCCAGCCGGUUUGAUGUCAGUUUCCCAAACAGUGUAAUUAAGAGAGACAGUCUACGAAAGAGGUCUGUGCGUGAUCUGGAACCUGGUGAGGUGCCCUCUGAUUCUGAUGAGGACGCCGAGCACAGGUCCCAGUCCCCCAGAGCUUCCAGCUUCUAUGACAGCCCUCGGCUGUCUUUUUUAUUGAGGGACAGAGACCAAAAACUCCGUGAGCGAGAUGAAAGACUCUCUAGUUCCUUAGAAAGGAAUAAAUUUUACUCUUUUGCACUGGAUAAGACAAUCACACCAGACACUAAAGCUCUGCUUGAAAGAGCCAAAUCCCUCUCCUCAUCCCGUGAAGAGAACUGGUCUUUCCUUGACUGGGACUCCCGGUUUGCUAAUUUUCGAAACAACAAAGAUAAAGAAAAGGUUGACUCGGCCCCCAGGCCUAUUCCGUCCUGGUACAUGAAGAAGAAGAAAAUCAGGACUGACUCGGAGGGGAAACUGGAUGAUAAAAAGGAUGAGCGCAGGGAGGAGGAGCAGGAGAGGCAGGAGUUGUUCGCCUCUCGGUUCUUACAUAGCUCCAUCUUUGAGCAAGACUCCAAGAGGCUGCAGCACCUUGAGAGGAAGAGCGAGGAGUCCGACUUCCCUCCCGGGAGGCUGUACGGCAGGCAGGCGUCUGAGGGUGCAAACAGCACAGGUGAUUCGGUGCAGGAGCCAGUGGUCCUGUUCCACAGCAGAUUCAUGGAGCUGACACGGAUGCAGCAGAAGGAGAAGGAGAAGGACCAGAAGCCCAAAGAGGCUGAGAAGCAGGAAGAGCCAGAGACUCAUCCCAAGACUCCAGAGCCUGCGGCAGAGACUAAAGAGCCGGAGCCAAAAGCCCCUGUUUCAGCUGGGCUUCCUGCCGUCACCGUCAUGACACCAGAACCAGCAUCCUCAGCCCCUGAGAAGGCCGAGGAGGCAGCGGAGGCUCCUUCACCGACAGGAGAGAAGCCUGCAGAGCCCACUCCUGUCUCGGAAGAAACGAAGCUUGUGUCUGAGCCUGCAUCUGUACCCGUGGAACAGCCCAAGCAGUCAGAUGUACCCCCCGGAGAGGACAGCCGGGACAGCGCUGCCUUGGCACCUUCAGCUCCUCAAGAAAGUGCAGCUACUGAUGCUGUCCCUUGUGUGAAUGCUGAACCUCUGACUCCAGGAACCACAGUUUCCCAGGUAGAAAGCAGUGUAGACCCCAAACCUAGCAGUCCCCAGCCCCUUUCAAAACUGACUCAGAGAUCCGAGGAAGCCGAAGAGCGGAAAGUGGAGAAGCCAGACACAACUCCAAGCACUGAGCCUGACACCACUCAGAACACUGGGGUUGCGUCAGAAGCUCAGCCCCCCGCUUCUGAAGAUGUAGAAGCCAAUCCUCCAGUCACUGCAAAAGACAGGAAGACCAACAAGAGCAAGCGUUCCAAGACGUCCGUCCAGGCGGCUGCCACCAGCGUCGUGGAGAAGCCUGUCACCAGGAAGAGCGAGAGGAUAGACCGGGAAAAGCUGAAGAGGUCCAGCUCUCCUCGUGGAGAAGCACAGAAGCUGCUGGAACUAAAGAUGGAGGCAGAGAAGAUUACAAGGACUGCGUCGAAAAGCUCUGGGGGAGACACGGAGCACCCGGAGCCUAGCUUGCCUCUCAGCAGGAGCAGGCGCCGGAACGUGAGGAGUGUUUAUGCCACCAUGACCGACCACGAGAGCCGGUCCCCGGCCAAGGAGCCUGUGGAGCAGCCCAGAGUGACCAGGAAGAGGCUGGAGCGGGAGCUGCUGCAGGAGGCGGUGGUACCUCCCACCACCCCGCGGAGGGGAAGGCCCCCCAAGACCCGCCGGCGUGCCGAGGAAGACGGUGAGCAUGAGAGGAAAGAGCCUGCAGAGACACCCAGGCCCGCUGAGGGCUGGCGGUCACCGAGGUCUCAGAAGUCGGCAGCUGCUGCUGGACCCCAAGGGAAAAGGGGGAGGAACGAGCAGAAGGUUGAGGCUGCCGCUGAGGCCGGUGCCCAGGCGAGCACGAGGGAAGGUAACCCUAAGACCAGAGGCGAGAGAGAGGCAGCAAGUGAGCCCAAACGGGACAGGAGAGACCCCAGCACAGACAAGAGCGGACCCGACACCUUCCCAGUUGAGGUCCUGGAGAGAAAACCUCCUGAGAAAACCUACAAAUCAAAGAGGGGCCGUGCUCGGAGCACGAGGUCAGGGAUGGACAGAGCCGCGCAUCUGAGAAGCCUGGAAAUGGCCGCCCGGGCAGCAGGGCAGGUAGCAGACAAGGAAGCCGGGCCUGGGGCGGCCUCUCCUCAGAAGAGUGAGAGCCCCCAGAAGGGAAGUGGCUCCUCACCUCAGCUGGCACACAACCCAGCUGAUCCCGACAGGGAGGCAGAGGAGGAAAGUGCAUCUGCCUCCACGGCUCCCCCAGAAGGCACGCAGCUAGCCAGGCAGAUAGAGCUGGAGCAGGCCGUGCAGAAUAUCGCAAAGCUCCCGGAGCCCUCCGCUGCCGCCACUAGCAAGGGCACGGCCACGGCCACGGGAGCAUCUGAAGAGCCUGCCCCUGAGCAUGGCCACAAGCCAGCACACCAGGCUAGCGAAACUGAACUGGCUGCGGCCAUUGGCUCCAUCAUCAGUGACGCCUCUGGAGAGCCAGAGAACUUCUCCGCUCCUCCCUCCGUUCCCCCAGGAUCUCAGACACAUCCACGGGAAGGAAUGGAGCCAGGGCCCCAUGAGGCCGAGUCGGGAAUCUUGGAGACAGGGACAGCAACAGAGUCUUCUGCCCCACAAGUCAGUGCCUCGGAUCCACCGGAAGGCUCUGCAGACGCCAAGGAAACCAGCGGUGACUCUGCACAGGAAGCCAAGCGGUCUAAAGUGGAAGUCACUGCUCCCCGGAAAGACAAAGGGCGCCAAAAGACAACGCGACGCCGGAAAAGGAAUGCCAACAAGAAAGUGGUCGCCAUCACAGAGACUCAUGCCUCAGAGGCUGAGCAGGCUCAGAGUGAAAGCCCCGCUGCAGAGGAGGCGACAGCAGCAACCCCGGAAGCUCCCCAGGAAGAGAAACAGAGUGAGAAGCCUCCCUCCCCUCCUGCAGAGUGCACCUCCGAUCCAAGCAAGACCCCGCCUGCCGAGAGUCUGUCCCAGGAAAACAGUGCUGCAGAAAAGACACCGUGCAAAGCCCCUGUGCUUCCUGCCCUGCCCCCCCUUUCCCAGCCAGCACUGAUGGAUGAUGGGCCCCAAGCCAGGUUCAAGGUGCACUCGAUCAUCGAGAGUGACCCCGUGACCCCACCCAGCGACUCAGGCAUACCUCCUCCCACAAUCCCCUUAGUGACCAUAGCAAAGCUCCCACCUCCUGUCAUUCCUGGGGGAGUCCCACAUCAGAGUCCCCCCCCUAAAGUGACAGAGUGGAUCACAAGACAGGAAGAGCCUCGGGCUCAGUCCACCCCGUCUCCAGCCCUUCCCCCAGACACAAAGGCCUCUGAUGUGGACACCAGCUCCAGUACACUGAGGAAGAUCCUCAUGGACCCCAAAUAUGUGUCUGCCACAGGAGUUACUUCCACAAGUGUCACUACAGCCAUUGCAGAGCCCGUGAGUGCGCCUUGUCUGCAGGAGGCGCCGGCCCCUCCCUGUGACCCUAAGCAUCCUCCCUUAGAAGGUGUGUCAGCAGCCGCAGUACCAAAUGCUGACACACAAGCCUCAGAGGUUCCGGUGGCUGCCGACAAAGAGAAGGUGGCUCCGGUCAUUGCCCCUAAAAUCACGUCUGUUAUUAGCCGGAUGCCUGUUAGCAUUGACCUGGAGAACUCGCAGAAGAUAACGUUGGCAAAGCCAGCUCCUCAGACCCUGACUGGCCUGGUGAGUGCCCUGACUGGUCUGGUGAAUGUCUCUCUGGUCCCGGUGAAUGCCUUAAAGGGCCCUGUGAAGGGCUCAGUAGCCACCCUGAAAGGUUUGGUGAGCACCCCUGCUGGGCCCGUGAAUCUCCUGAAGGGGCCCGUGAAUGUCCUCACGGGGCCUGUCAAUGUCCUGACCACUCCGGUGAGUGCCACUGUGGGUACGGUGAACGCUGCCCCCGGCCCCGUGACUGCUGCCUGUGGCGUGACGGCCACAACAGGCACAGCAGCCGUGCCGGGUGCAGCGGCUGCCCCAGCAGCCAAGGGCAAGCAGCGGGCCAGUAGCACCGAGAACAGCCGCUUCCACCCUGGGUCCAUGUCCGUGAUUGAUGACCGACCAGCAGACGCAGGCUCUGGCGCGGGGCUGCGGGUGAAUACAUCAGAAGGGGUCGUGCUGCUGAGCUACUCGGGACAGAAGACGGAAGGCCCCCAGCGGAUCAGUGCGAAGAUCAGCCAGAUCCCUCCGGCCAGCGCAAUGGACAUCGAGUUUCAGCAGUCAGUAUCCAAGUCGCAGGUGAAAGCAGACUCCGUCACCCCGACCCAGUCCGCACCCAAAGGCCCUCAGACCCCUUCGGCCUUUGCAAACGUGGCUGCCCAUUCUACCCUGGUACUGACUGCCCAGACAUACAAUGCCUCUCCCGUGAUCUCCUCCGUGAAGACGGACCGGCCAUCCUUGGAGAAGCCCGAGCCCAUUCACCUCUCCGUGUCCACCCCUGUGACCCAGGGUGGCACAGUGAAGGUUCUCACCCAGGGCAUCAACACCCCCCCAGUGCUCGUCCACAACCAACUUGUCCUCACCCCGAGCAUCGUCACCACCAACAAGAAGCUCGCUGACCCCGUCACUCUGAAAAUCGAGACCAAGGUCCUUCAGCCAGCUAACUUGGGGCCCACCCUCACUCCCCACCACCCCCCUGCCCUGCCCAGCAAACUGCCUGCAGAGGUGAACCAUGUUCCUUCUGGACCCAGCACCCCGGCAGAUCGGACCAUCGCCCACUUGGCAACCCCCAAACCAGAUACUCAUUCACCUCGCCCUGCUGGGCCUACACCAGGCCCCUUCCCUAGGCCAUGCCACCCCAGCAGCACGACCUCCACAGCACUGUCCACCAACGCCACCGUCAUGCUGGCUGCUGGCAUCCCAGUGCCGCAGUUCAUCUCCAGCAUACACCCAGAGCAGUCUGUCAUCAUGCCCCCCCACAGCAUCACUCAGACAGUGUCUCUUGGUCACCUGUCCCAGGGGGAGGUGAGAAUGAGCACCCCCACCCUGCCCAGCAUCACCUACAGCAUCCGGCCAGAGACGCUGCACUCUCCUCGAGCCCCUCUGCAGCCCCAGCAGAUAGAGGCGAGGGCCCCACAGCGUGUGGGCACGCCCCAGCCAGCUGCGACUGGUGUGCCUGCUCUGGCCACACAGCACCCUCCUGAGGAAGAGGUUCACUAUCACCUCCCUGUGGCUCGAGCUGCAGCCCCGGUGCAGUCGGAAGUGCUGGUCAUGCAGUCCGAGUACCGGUUGCACCCGUACACAGUUCCCCGGGACGUGCGGAUCAUGGUGCAUCCACACGUGACUGCUGUCAGUGAACAGCCCAGGGCCACAGAGGGGGUGGUAAAAGUGCCACCAGCCAACAAGGCCCCCCAGCAACUGGUGAAGGAAGCGGUUAAGACUUCAGAUGCCAAAGCAGUCCCAGCCCCGGCCCCGGUCCCCGGCCCCGUCCCUGUCCCUACCCCUGCCCCACCCCCUCACGGUGAAGCCCGCAUUCUCACGGUCACCCCCAGCAGCCAGCUUCAGGGGCUGCCUCUGACCCCACCUGUGGUCGUAACCCACGGGGUGCAGAUUGUGCACUCCAGUGGUGAGCUGUUCCAAGAAUACAGGUACGGUGACGUCCGCACCUACCACGCCCCUGCUCAGCAGCUCACACACACUCAGUUUCCUGUCGCCUCCUCCAUCAGCCUAGCCUCCAGGACCAAGACUUCUGCCCAGGCGCCCCCUGAAGGUGAGCCCUUGCAGUCCACGCAGUCUGCACAGCCUGCCCCCUCUACACAGGCCACGCAGCCUGUACCACCUGCCCCGCCCUGCCAGCCCUCCCAACUCAGCCAGCCUGCCCAGCCACCGAGUGGCAAGAUUCCUCAGGUCUCCCAAGAAGCAAAGGGGACGCAGACAGGAGGGGUGGAGCAGACUCGCCUCCCAGCCAUCCCCACAAACAGGCCAUCUGAGCCUCACGCUCAGGUUCAGAGGGCACCGUUGGAAACAGCCCAGCCAGCCCACCCCUCCCCUGUGUCAGUCUCCAUGAAGCCGGACCUCCCAAGCCCUCUUUCCUCUCAGGCUGCCCCAAAGCAGCCAUUGUUUGUCCCUGCAAACUCAGGCCCAAGCACCCCCCCUGGACUGGCUCUGCCUCACGCUGAAGUCCAGCCAGCUUCCAAACAAGACUCUUGUCCACACGUGACACCACAGCGGCCUGUGGAUAUGGUCCAGCUGCUAAAGAAGUACCCCAUCGUGUGGCAGGGCCUGCUGGCCCUCAAGAACGACACGGCUGCUGUGCAGCUCCACUUCGUCUCUGGCAACAAUGUCCUGGCUCAUCGGUCCCUGCCUCUCUCUGAAGGUGGUCCCCCACUGCGGAUCGCCCAGAGGAUGCGACUAGAGGCCUCGCAGCUAGAAGGGGUCGCCAGGAGGAUGACAGUGGAAACCGACUACUGCCUGCUGCUGGCUCUGCCCUGUGGCCGUGACCAGGAGGAUGUGGUGAGCCAGACCGAGUCCCUCAAGGCUGCCUUCAUCACUUACCUGCAGGCCAAGCAAGCAGCAGGGAUUAUCAAUGUUCCCAACCCUGGCUCCAAUCAGCCCGCCUACGUGCUGCAGAUCUUCCCACCCUGUGAGUUCUCUGAGAGUCACCUCUCCCGGCUGGCCCCUGACCUCCUUGCCAGCAUCUCCAACAUCUCUCCUCACCUCAUGAUUGUCAUUGCCUCGGUGUGAGGCUCUGAACGGUCGCCACCUCAGGGCAUUUUCCUGAGGCUCUGCUGCAAAAAAAAAAAAAAAAAUGAACACCGUGGACAACCCAGCCAGGCAGAGGGGCAGGCUGCCAGGCGCCACCAGCUGCCCCGCCUUCGGCCGCCCAGCUCUGUGGAUAGACCUCCUCUGGGGGUGGUGCUGCUCGUAUGUUUACAUGAAAUUCUCCCAGGACAGACCACCAACCAUGGACGUAGAGACCUUAGGGGCUGGGUUUCUCUCCACACUUGGAGAACAGGAACCGGGCCGUGGGAUCCUUCUGUUUUUGUUAAACAGAAUAGAACAGCCUUUGCACUAAAUUAGUGACUCGCACAGUGAACACAGGCUGCGAUGCUCUGGACGUGUGUGCAUGAGCACGCUGUGGACUCUCGUGCAGGACUUGGGACUCGUGCUGAAGCCUUGGGGUCAAGGAACAUUUCAGUGGGUUUUUGCCCCAUCUCCUCCUCCCGUCCCCUGCUCAUGGGACAUGUCAUCUUUCUUAAUUCUCCCACCGCCGCCACCACCACCACCACCACCACCUUCAGCUCAUCGGAUGUACAGUUUACAAUUGAGUAACAGUGAACAGAAGGAUUUUCUUUCUUGGUCGGAUGUGCAGAACUUGGGAUGUGUAUAUAUAAAUAUAUAAUAUAUAUAAAUAUAUAUAAUACUGACUUAAAUCAAAUUUCCCUGACAUACAUUUUUUUUAAUCUGUGCCAAAAAUGUGUUUUCAAAGAAAAUCUUAUUUUCAUACUCAGACUUUGUACCGUCACUCAUUUGUAUAAGUGCGCUUCGUCACUGCACGGGCCCUGCUCCUGCAACAUGGAACUGUCGCGUAGCACCUGUACAAGAGACCCGGCCACUCCACUCCCUCCUGUGACCUGGACCUCUCCCUGACUUCCUAACACUUAUUAAUUUAUGAAACUGUUUUUCUCAGCGCAGUUUUGUUCUGUGUGUCCAUUGGAUUACAAACUUUAUUAAAAAAUACAA